AUAUGCCACCACCGCUCCUGCCAAUGGACCUCAAAGGGGAACCUGGACCGCCUGGGAAGCCUGGCCCAAGAGGCCCUCCUGGCCCACCUGGCUACCCUGGGAAACCUGGCACCGGCAAACCAGGACUUCAUGGCCAACCAGGCCCUGCUGGCCCUCCUGGCUUUUCUGGUAUCGGCAAACCGGGUAUCCCUGGGCUUCCCGGCAAGGCAGGGAUGAAAGGGAUGCCCGGGGUGACAGGGGAGCCUGGCGUAAGGGGAGACCAAGGGCCAAGAGGCUUGCCAGGCCCACCAGGGUUGCCUGGACCAGCUGGUAUUUCCGUUAAUGGCAAACCAGGCCCACCAGGUGGCCCAGGCCUACCAGGAUUCCGGGGGGAGCCUGGAGCCAAAGGAGAGCCUGGUCCCCGUGGCGACCGUGGCAUGAAGGGUGAAAAUGGAGUUGGAAAACCAGGGCUGCCUGGACAACGAGGGAAUGGAGGAGCCCCUGGCCCCGCGGGGCCUCCAGGACCUAUGGGCAUUGGGAAACCUGGACUUGAUGGAUUGCCUGGUGCUCCAGGUGGGAAAGGUGACUUGGGGCCUCCAGGUGAGCCAGGUAUCAAUGGGCAGCCUGGGCCUAUGGGUCCACGUGGCCCACCUGGAGUUGAUGGAAUUGGCAUACCAGGUGCUGCUGGUAUACCAGGCAUGCAAGGCCCUCUGGGUCCUAAGGGGGAACCUGGCCUCCGCGGUCUUCCUGGUAUGCCUGGGCCUACAGGAUAUGGGAAGCCAGGUCUGCCUGGCUUAAAGGGAGACCGUGGUCAACCAGGCAUGCCUGGAGCCCUUGGUGACAAAGGGGAGCCAGGAAUAGAUGGUGAGCUGGGAGAGAUGGGCCCCCCUGGCAUUACUGGGUCACCAGGCCCUCCCGGUUCUAUGGGUAUGCCAGGCAAGCAUGGAAUUCCAGGCCCUAAAGGUGAGCCUGGACCAGCUGGGCCUGCAGGACUACCAGGCAUGCGUGGGGACCAAGGGCCCAGUGGUUUUGUGGGGAAGCCAGGGAUUCCUGGAGAGGGGGGGUUGCCUGGGCCCCAAGGAAUGCCUGGACCAAUGGGCCCCAAAGGGGAAAACGGUUUCAUAGGGCUUCCUGGGGUGCCAGGACAAAUAGGGCCUAUGGGCUCUAAGGGAGAUGCAGGUAUCCCAGGGCAACCAGGCCUUCGAGGCCCAUCAGGCAUACCAGGUUUACAGGGGCCUUCUGGUCCAAUGGGCCCUCAAGGUUUACCAGGCCUAAAAGGGGAGCCUGGCUUCCCAGGGCCACCAGGAAAUGGCAAAGUAGGUGAGCCAGGGAUUGUUGGUCCCAUGGGGCCACCAGGGGUUCCUGGAAAUCCAGGAUUAAAUGGGCCACCGGGACCACCAGGGCUACCAGGACCACCUGGUGCACCAGGGAUGUUUGAUGAGACAGGCAUCGCUGGCCUUCACUUGCCAGAUGGAGGUGUAGAGGGAGCAGUGCUGGGGAAUGGCAAGCACGGGAAGCCACAGUAUGGCAGAGGGGAACUAUCUGCUCAGAUGGUACCUGCCUUCACUGCCAUCUUAACCUCGCCAUUCCCAGCCUCAGGUAUGCCAGUAAAAUUCGACAGGACUUUGUACAACGGGCAUAAUGGCUAUAAUCCAGUGACAGGGAUCUUCACGUGUCCCAUCUCUGGCAUCUACUACUUUGCCUAUCAUGUCCACGUUAAAGGAACUAAUGUCUGGGUGGCACUUUACAAGAACAAUGUACCUGCUACUUAUACCUACGACGAAUACAAAAAGGGCUACUUGGACCAAGCUUCCGGAAGUGCCGUGCUUGAACUCAAAGAGAAUGACCAAGUCUGGAUCCAGAUGCCAUCUGAUCAAGCCAAUGGUUUGUACUCCACUGAAUACAUCCAUUCUUCUUUUUCUGGAUUCCUUCUCUGUCCCACAUAACAGCUGUUGGACAUAUCUCCUUUUAUCUACUUUAGCCAUAAACUGUAUUUCAAAAGAAUAAGUAAAUACAAAACGUCACUGGGAGGAUGGUACAACCUGGUGGUGAAGAACCAUUUCAGCCAUGAAGAGAUCAGUAGAAGAGAGACUUUAUUGGCAGGUAUUUUCAGUACCAAUCUUUGUAUUCAGAAUAUAGUUUUCCCUAGUGACUGUACAUCAGACACAGAUGCUAACUUGGGGAUCAGUUGCC